CCGACCCUCGGCGGUGGGACCAUCACAACCACCAGCUAGCUCCCCGCCGGGUCCAGCCUGCACUUCGAGGCAAGAACCGGCAGACAUGGCAGCUCCAGCUAAGGCCGAGAACCUGGCCCUAGCAGUACACGGACCUGGGGACAUUCGUUUGGAGAACUACCCAGUUCCCGAACCUGGCCCAAAUGAGGUGCUACUGAAAAUGCAUUCUGUGGGCAUCUGCGGCUCCGAUGUUCACUACUGGCAGCAUGGCCGAAUUGGAGAUUUUGUUGUGAAAAAGCCAAUGGUGCUGGGGCAUGAAGCUGCUGGAACGGUCACCAAAGUAGGAGCGAUGGUGAAGCAUCUAAAACCAGGUGAUCGGGUGGCUAUCGAGCCUGGGGUUCCCAGAGAAAUAGAUGAAUUCUGCAAGAUCGGCAGAUACAACCUGACGCCGACUAUCUUCUUCUGUGCCACGCCCCCCGAUGACGGAAACCUCUGCCGCUUCUACAAGCACAAUGCUGAUUUCUGCUACAAGCUUCCUGACAGUGUCACCUUUGAAGAAGGAGCCCUGAUUGAGCCUCUGUCUGUGGGGAUCUAUGCCUGCCGUCGAGGUUCAGUUUCUCUGGGGAACAAGGUCCUCGUGUGUGGAGCUGGGCCAGUUGGGAUAGUCACUUUGCUUGUGGCCAAAGCAAUGGGAGCUGCUCAAGUGGUGGUGACUGAUCUAUCUGCCCCUCGGCUGACCAAAGCCAAGGAACUUGGAGCUGAUUUUACCAUCCAGGUUGCCAAGGAGACCCCUCAGGAGAUUGCCAGUAAGGUGGAAAGUCUGCUGGGGGGCAAGCCAGAGGUCACCAUUGAGUGCACUGGAGCAGAAUCCUCCAUCCAGACGGGCAUCUACGCCACUCGCUCUGGCGGGACCUUGGUGGUUGUGGGAAUGGGCUCUGAGAUGACCAGCUUACCCCUGGUGCAUGCAGCUGUUCGGGAGGUGGAUAUCAAGGGCGUGUUUCGAUACUGCAACACGUGGCCAAUGGCGAUUUCCAUGCUUGCAUCGAAGACUUUGAAUGUAAAACCUCUAGUUACCCACAGAUUCCCUCUGGAGAAGGCUGUAGAAGCCUUUGAAACAUCCAAAAAGGGAGUGGGGCUGAAAGUUAUGAUCAAGUGUGACCCCAAUGACCAGAACCCCUAAAUGUGAAUUGAUCUGGGCCCUUAGCACACCCUUUCGGUAUCUAAGGGCUAACUGGCUAGGAAGGGAAGCCCUGGUGAAAAGCUUUGUUUUAAAUUUUAAAAAUCAUUAACUCACUCAUAAUAAGCAGAGAGCCUUAGAGCAGUUGAUGUGCCUUAAAGACAGAAGUAGGGACACCUUGGGGAUCUUGUAUUUAGAAUGAGAUGCUUAUACUGAGGAGCACCUAGCGCAAAGAACUGAAUUUGGUAGAUAGGUGCCAGGAGCAUUCAUAUUCGUUUAGUACCUUUGGGUGAGGAGACAAAGCAUGCUUUCGGUGUCCAUGCUCUGCUGUGGCUGCCAGAGGGUGGGGCUGACUUACGAAGAAACAACUCCUGUAAGAUGGCAGUGGCCCCAUGGCUGAUCUUUGUCUUGAUGAAUGGUUAUUGGCUGUCCAGAGGACGGUGUUUCUCAAGUUAAGCGUCAUUUGGUUUGAGGGAAAUAAGAAAAGGAACUUGCCUUCUGGAUCCAGGACAAAAACCGAUCAGAAGAAUGAAACAAAUCCCAGCUGAGUUUUCUCAACUCCUUAGCAUUCUGUCAUUACAUUUGCAAAGUGGAGGAUCACCUUCCCAACACUGUUCAUUUUUGUUGAAGAACGGUACCAGUUGCUAGGCAACCAUGAGACUUCUGGCUGAAGAUCUUAAAUAUCCUGCCUAACUAGUACAAGAGGACCCCUGGAGGGCUUGAGUUUCCCCACUCACAGGAUUAGAGUCCCUUCCCACGCUCACGCACAGGUGAUUAGCCCCCCAUUCCACUCAGCUCUGGCUCUCAGAAAAUGUUCCCCUUCUCAUAGCUGGGUAAGGCUGGUGAUAGCUGUUGCAUGGACGUCACAGAACUUAUUUUCCUCAUAGGGCUCUUCUAUGUAAAAUUCAGAUCCAAAUCACACCCUUAAGAUAAUCAAGAUCAUGUACACAGGAACUGCAAUGUAACUUGGGCUGUAGUCUGUAAUCCACCUCUUCAGCUGCGGGUACAGGACAGAGACGGCUGGAGAAGAUGGUAGCCAACACCUGAGCUUUCUCAAACUGCUUCGUAUAAUAAAAUCUGUCGCUGGUGUCGGA